AUGAUCAUAGAUCUUCCCAUCCCCGCUCUUACGUUUUUCCUUGUAACGUAUUGGCACAUAUCCGCGGCCUCUUCACUGCCUGUGGUUGAUCUAGGUUAUGAGCUCCAUCAAGCAUUCUCGCUAAAUGAGACUACCGGACUCUACAAUUUCAGUAAUAUCAGAUACGCUGCCCCACCUCUGGGAAGCCUACGGUUUCGAGCCCCGUUGCCGCCGAAGGUCAACCGCGCUGGAGUCCAGACAGGAGCGUUUUUGACAAGCUACUUUACAAAUGCAACGUUUGGCGCCUCCCUUGAUGUCUCCUCCUAUCCAGUCCCACUUGUCCAGGACCCCAGAAUCUCGGAAGAUUGCCUUUUCCUUGAUGUUGUGGUUCCACAGAAAGUAUUUAAUCGAGCUCAGGGCAGAACCCCGGUACCUAAAGAAAGUUUGGCUCCGGUUAUCGUAUAUUUCUAUGGCGGUGGAUAUGUUCUAGGUGACAAGAGUGGUGUUGAUGCAUCUGGUCUCAUUCAACGGAGUCAACAGCAGGGAAAAGACGGGAUCAUUUAUGUGGCUCUGAACUACAGGCUCGGUGCAUUUGGCUGGCUUGCGGGUCACACAGUAUCCCGGAAAGGGACCCCCAAUGCCGCACUUCAUGACCAGCGACUCGGCUUAACCUGGGUAACUCAGAAUAUUCAUCUGUUCGGAGGUGAUGCCGAUCGAGUCACUGUUAUGGGCGUAUCUGCCGGAUCAGGGUCCAUCCUUCAUCAGCUCACUGCGUACAAAGGGCUUCAGGGACCUUCUCUAUUCCAACAAGCCAUCCUGCAAAGCCCCGCCUGGGAGCCGAACUAUGAUACAGACAAGCAGGAACGGACAUUUCGCCAAUAUCUCAAGCUCCUCAACGUUAGUACCAUCGAGGAGGCUCGCCAGCUAUCUUCUGACAAACUCAUUGCUGCCAACGUCCACCAGGUAUCAAUCUCACUCUACGGAACAUUCACCUAUGGCCCCGUGGUGGACGGCGUCUUUGUUUCUGAUGUCCCGGGCAAACUUCUACUGCGCGGCGAGUUCGAUCACAACGUGAAGAUAUUGAAUGGUCAUACACUGAACGAAGCUCUCAUGUACACGCCCCCACUCAGUUUUCAAGAUGGGGGUCUACUCGCACUCAUAGAUGAGCACUUCCUUGACCUUUCGGAAGAUAUGAAAGACACCAUCAUCAAUGUUCUAUACCCGCCCAUCCUGGAUGGGAAGUACGGGUACCGCGGUUGGGUCGAACGAGUCUCCUCCGCCCUCUCAGACAUAUGUUUUCAGUGCAACUCAUACCACUUGAAUCACGCAUACAGGAACAGCACUUACACCUACGUAUUCUCCAUCCCUCCCGCUAUGCACUGGAUGGAUCAUCCAUACACAUUUUACAUUAAAGGUGCAAAGCCACUAGUUGAGAAUCCUCUCUUCCAAGUGACAAACGAGACGGUGGCCUUUAUCCUGCAAGACUACAUUACGAGUUUCGUUCAAACGGGAAGGCCGACUUCUUCACUAGCCCCGCCCCUCGAGAUAUACGCUCCUGAGAGUCGGGUGGUUAGUAUAGGAUCGGACAAUAUCACGAGAAUGCGUGAUCCAGCUUGCAAUGCGCGAUGUGUUUACUGGCAAACUGCGUUUACCUAUAGUCGGGACGACUUGUGAUGCGUAUUUCGAUAAUUGCACGGUGGGUACUGAUUAUGGGAGGUUGGGACAAUGUAGAUAACAUGGCUGCGGGGAUUAUGAGGUGUUGCUUUUCAGAAAGGUCUCAGAGCAUAUGUAUGUACUUGGGGAAGAAAACUGCCAUUUAAUUUAGUUUACUGUGCGGUUCAAGACUCCUUGCUCUCUCUUAUUUGUGUCAUAUGAGCAUAUCCCUACCCCCG